GUGACCCGCGGGAGGCCCUGCUUGGUUUGCUCGGGGGUGCCGGGGCUGGCGCGCUGCGCGCGCGGGUCAGGCCCUGGGAGGCCUUCGCACGAUGGCCCCAGUGGCGCCGCGCCAGGGCGCGGCCCCGGGACACUGUCGCCGCCGUCGACUACGUCAACGGGAUGCGGGACGCGCCGGCGAGUGCGUUCCCAGCGUCGUCCCGGGGGUCGCUGGCUUGGUUUGAGGGGCGCUCAGGCAUCCUGGCGGAGGAGCGGAUCUCUAGCUCUGACCAGCUGCGCCUGUAUCUGGAAAAGGCCGCAGCCGACGUCGGGGAGAAGCUGAAGGCAAUUCGGCGGGCAACGCGAGUCCCGGCGGCAGUGGUCGCGGCGUUGCAGGAGGCCGUCGCGCGCGACUUGGGGGAGCCGGUGGCGUUGCGCAUCGGGCGGUGGAUGCGCCCGCUGAAGGCAUGGGGCGUGCUCCGCGCGAAUGACAUCCAGAGGCUGCGCCCUGGCCAGGUGGCGCUGGGGGAGGCCGGGCUCGCUGGGAAGUUGCUCUGGGCGAAGGUCUUUGGCCCUGGGGGGCGGGUGCGCGAGCUCCUUCUCUACAUCCCAGCCGGCGCCUGCUUGUUGGGCCCCGGGUGGCUCCAGGUGGGCUUCGACCUUUGGCGGGGCACCGUGGAGCGAGCUAGAGGCGGAUUUCUUCCUGCCCCGUCCGUCCUCUGGCGGAUAGGGGCGGGUUUUUUGAAGAGAAUGGCCGCCGCCGGAGGCCCGUCCGGCAUCUUCGCGCAGGCGAUGGUGCUGUUGCUCUUCUGGGGGGCGCUCGUGCUUCCGCAGGCGCCUGCGUUGUCCCUCGCGGGGCAUUCUGAGCGGCCCGCCCUGCCGGGCCUGCUGGCGGCCCUCGGCGCCCCGCGGGCCGAGCGGGAAGACGCCUUCGCGGUCUUCGACGAGGGCGAGGCGUUCGAGGCGCUGGGCGACCGGGCAGCGACGAACGGCUUGGACCGCGAGGCGAAGGGCGUGAUCGCCAGGGCCGCGAAGGACAGCGCGAAGACGAUCUUCCAGGAGCUCGGGGUGAAGAGCGCAGCUGAGCACCAGCGGGGGGGGCCGAAAGAGGUGUCCGAGAUAGUGGCGGCGAGGGUCGGCCUCGAGAAAAACGCUGGGGAGGACGAAGACGAAAAGGAGGAAUCGACGGCGAUCUACGUGAUUCUGGAGGACCGGGCGCGGGAGACCGCGCGGAUCCAUUUGAAUCACGGGUGUUUCCGAGCCAGGGGCUUAGCGUUCAAAUCGCGCGAGCUGGC